CCUUGGCGCCAAUCACAUUUCGAACUUCAAUUCUCGGUCGGUGCACUGAAUAGUGAAUAGUGAAUCCAUAUCCUCUGGGGCGAAACAUGAACAGAGACUGCCUGGAGUUGCAGUUCCAGAACCCGAUUAGGGACGCUAUUUCCAGGAUCCAAUUCGCCCCCAACUGUAACAAUCUCCUCAUAUCUUCUUGGGACUCUAGCCUUCGCUUAUACGACGCUGACAAUUCUGCGCUUAGACUAGAAGCCCCGUCAGAAGCGGCGCUUCUGGAUUGUUGUUUCCAGGACGACUUGGUUGCUUUUACCGCUGGUUCCGAUGGAUUAAUCCGAAGGUAUUACUUGGAUUUGGGCAUUAUUGAUACAUUGGGCAAUCAUGACGAUAUAGUGACAUGCAUUGGAUAUUCCAAUGAAAUAUGUCAGUUGAUCACAGCUGGAUUUGACAAGUUAUUGUUGUGGGACAUUCGUAUGGAGAAUGCUCCUUCAUGCUCAAAAAUUCUAGGUGCAGAGGUGAACUCCAUGUCUGUCUCUAGGUUGAAUCUAACAGUUGGAAUUGGAACAUCAGUGCAUACCUAUGAUCUUCGUUAUUUUGACAAACCAGUUGCAUCAAGUGAACCACACAAAGGCACACAGAUUAGAUGCGUCAGUUCAAUUCCUUACACGAGAGGAUUUGCAGUUGGAUCAGUAGAUGGGAGGGUAGCAUUGCAGAUUUCUGAUUCAUCUAGUUCAAAUGACAUUAAAUUUAUAUUCCGUUGUAAUCCUAAAACGGUGGAUGGAAGACAUCAUUUGGCAUCAGUUAAUGACAUUAUAUUCAGUCCACUUGUUCAAAGUGCUUUUGCUACUGGUGACAAUGAAGGUUAUGUGAUUUUAUGGGAUGCUGGUUGUAGAAAGAGACUAAUUGAGGUUGCUUCAUUCAUACACACGCACGUACGCUUGAGAUUUCUUUUCAACUUUACUUCCGUCUUUUCUCAUUUCAGUUACCUAGAUACCCAAAUAGUGUGGCAUCCUUGUCAUACAACCACGUGGGACAGCUUUUGGCUGUGGCUUCAAGUUACACAUAUCAAGAAGCAAACGAGAUAGAAGAGCCUCCUCGUAUCUUCAUUCACAAUAUGGACAGCGUCAGUAUUAAAUCAGUUUCUGCCAGAAGCUCCGCUAGUAGAAGCUAAGCUUGUGUGCUUGUAGCUUAGCAACAAAGGCAUUGACACAAUUGGAGGCGGGAAAGAAUUAUCCACAAUCCGUGCUGUAUAAUCAUUUACAACAGAAUGGUGAUCUCGUGGGUUCUACCAGUCUCUCUCUAACUUCCAUGAUCCGGCUUGUAUUUAUUUCUCUUCCUAGGCGGUGUCUUGAUGAAUGAUUUCAAGUUGAUGGGUUUACUAUGGAAUUGAUUCACUCACUAACUUCAGUUGAGUCACUCACAAUUGUCUAGCUCAAGAAACCAGGCUGUAGUUGUUUUGAAGGAAAUGGUGCUUCUAAUAUGGCAUAUUAAGCUUUCCUUUGGAAUGCAAGUUGAUUUUUGGUGAAGGGUGAGCGGCAAAGAACGGUCCUUAUAAGUUGCUAUUCUUUAUUGAAGUGCCUGUUUGAAGUACCUUUCAGAGAUUGAAAUUGAGUGAGAUUUUAUAUGUAGUGGAUAAAUUCCUGUGUUGAAAAUUUGUAUUCCUCUGUUGACAAUUUCAUUCAUUCUGUUCUUUAGAAGUGCUCUCAUUUGUCUACAAUAUUAUGUAACUCACUUUUGACAUUGGAAUGAAGAUUCCC